CCGGCCCCCCAAGAUCCAACACGUAGCAGAGCGACUGCCUCUGCCGAGGGUCUCACCAUCUCUCUCCACCGUCCCAGGCUACCCUGGUGUCACUGAUCAUGGUCAAUCUGUCAUUCGCAGCAACCAGGAGGAUGCCGGCAGCAAGCGCACUAGCGACGUCGGGAUCGAUGUGGCGCCUGACCCUGGAGGCACAGCACUACUCCACCAUCCUCACAAGUGCACAUCUUGCCUCCGCCAGACCCUUGAUAGCACAUCCCCACGUGGGUUCUCGGUCCUCGCACUCGCACGCUCAGACAAAGAAAGCUGCGACGUCCACUUCAUCGCUGCGGAAGUCUCCCCCGGCUUCUUCUCCGGUGCAGUACUUCUCCCAAAUGAAGUCCCCACCCUCGAAUCGCCUCACCUUUCGGCUGAUGCCGCCUCGCCAGCUCGUAUCUCAUCUGGAUGCCCACGUAGUCGGGCAGGAGAGGGCUAAGCGAUACUUAGCGGUCACAGUCUACAAUCACUUUCUGCGGCUGCUACUGAACGAUGCCACACCCGACCUGCGUAGGCCAUCUGAGAUUACGCGUCUACAAGAGGAAGAGAGCAGCGACAGGCCUUACAGAGAUCAGGAUGGCUGCGAGAGGGAGGAGGGGCAAGAUGAGAUGAGGAAACAGAGGACCUCUGCCGAUGACGAACCUGCGUCUAGACGGCCACUACGCCUGGGCAGGUCCCAGCAGGUCCUGACGGCUUCGGAUACGGGCGGAGACAAGGCAUGGCGUCAUGUCGUGGGUCAAGGAGAGAAAAUACCAUCCACAUACUUCUCCCAUGCUCAGCCACAUUUGGUUUCGGAGAGCAAAGCAGAAGCUGGGCGGUCGACUCAGAGCGAGUCCCUUCAUUUUAGAGCCCCACACGCUUUGCGUGCACGGCGCCCUCUCAGCCUGUCGCAGCAUGAAGAAGACCCGUCACCUUUGCGAUUACUCCACGCAACAUCGUCUGCCCCACGUCACGCCAAGUCCAAUCUCAUCCUGAUCGGACCCUCAGGUUCCGGUAAAACCCUCCUCAUCUCCACCGUAGCCGAAGCUCUCGACGUACCCUUCGUCUCGAUUGAUGCCACUACUCUUACAAGCAGCGGCUACGUAGGCGAAGACGUCGAUGUAGUCGGUCGCCGACUACUGUCAGAAGCUCGUCGGCUGUGCGGUGAGGUUGCCACGGAGGACGACAUCAAGCGCAAAGCUGAGCAGGGUAUCGUCUUCAUCGACGAGGUCGAUAAGCUUGCCAAGAGGACCAAUUCGACCGGUAACAGGGACAUCGGUGGGGAAGGGGUACAGCAGGCUCUGUUGAGGUUGCUGGAAGGGUGCGUUAUGCACGUCCAGGGGCCGCCUCCAACGACAAAGUCAUCCCGGUCCACCAGGUCGAGCAGACCCAAGAGCGUAGCCGAAGCUUCUUCGCAGCAAUCGCAGCAAGAAGUGGGCGAUAUGGCUGGAACUGUCCCAGUGGCAGGCAGUAGCAGCACCCAGCACACGUAUCAGAUCGACACUACCUCUGUCCUCUUCGUGACGUCGGGCGCUUUCGUUGGACUGGAGAGCAUCAUGAAGCGUAGGUAUGCAGUGGCAAGUGGGGACAAGGGAAGCGAAGGGGCAGGGCUGCGUCGUGUGAACGAAGAAGACUUGAUUCAGUACGGUCUCAUCCCUGAAUUCAUCGGCAGGAUACCAGCAAUAUCAGUGAUGGCUUCCCUCACCCAGGCGGAGCUAGUGCGUGUGAUGACGGAGCCUCGCGACUCGCUUCUGGCACAAUAUACCUCUCUUUUGUCCUCCUCUAAUGUCGCCUUUAAGAUAACUUCGGCAGCACUUGAGUCAAUUGCUCGUCAAGCCUCUGCUUCGAAAGUACAGACCGGGGCAAGGAGCUUGAAGAGGAUUCUCGAGGACAAGUUGCUCGACACACUCUAUGCUGCCCCAGGCGGAAGCAUCCGCUUUGCCCUGUUGGACGAAGAAGCUGCCGAGGGCCGAGGCGACGUCAAGGUCUGGAGUCGUGGAGGGAAGCAGGCCUUUGCGAACGCUUACGAUGACGAGGAGCGGUCUUUUGUUGCAGCCAGGAGAGAAAGCAGAAAGUUGGGAAGAGGUGAAGCAGAGGCAAGUACAGAUACUACCAGGGCCUCAUUCGCGGCCUCGGGGUCUUUGGCGAAACAGCUAGCCAAGGCGGAUGCGAGCAAGGAGACAAAGCGCAUCCCUUCUACACAAGCAUCGGGACCACAGCAAGGUCAAAGGCGACCUCUCAUCACGGCCCAGCGGUACAUCGAUCCUGAGACCCAGCAACUCAUCGACGAGGCGGAAGCGGCAGAUUGGGAGGGGGGCGAGAGCGAUACUAUUGGUGAUGUCGUAGUUGUCAGCGCUAAGUCCAGCCGAUCCCCGCGGCCCCUGACCGCUUCCCAGCUCACGGGAUUGAGCGAGUCGGAGCUUUCGACAAUUGCCAGGCGCAAGAGUAGGGCAAGGUUAAAUCGGCCCAGUCGAGUGGGCAAUCUCAGAGUAGUGGUGGGCGUAUGAGCUGUUACCUUUCCUUGAGUGAGACAGGCCGUAAUACUAGGCGCAGCAUUCCAGCGAGGCAGCGAUGAGGCAAAGAAUGUGUCGGGAAGGAAUGUAAUUUGAUAGGUGUUGUACAAUGUGCAAAGUCGUAGCUGCGAUGAGUCUGAA